GACACCAGAAGGCCCAGACCUAUUAUGACUGUUUCUCAGCUAGUGCAGCGAGAAUUUUGCUCAUGGCAGAGGCAAUGUGACAAAUCAGCACUAGGCAGUAAGGUCGUGUAAAAAGAAUGGGGCCACAGACUUCGCUGAAUGAACAGAAAAGGGAGUCUCCCUCGUGUUUGUUGAGGAGUAGGCUUGUCCGUAUCGGUGGUAAUAAUCGGUAGCGAUUAUAGUUUUUUCCAAACGAGAUUGGACGAGUAGUUAGUGUAAAAAGGGCAACGAGAGAUAGAGAACGAGAGUGCGCGCAUGAUCGUCGGAAACACUGUGCUUUCGCAGUAAAAAAAGCCCGAAAUCGGUGGAACUGCUAAGUCGUCGAUUCGUUUCGAAGUGUUUUUAGGAGAUUUCAGUAUCAGUUUAGUGUUUCAGUGUCCUUUUAACGAGAAAGAAAGGAGUUCGCUGACCAGUGACCACGAGACUUCAAUUCAAAAGGUACACAUUCAUACAUUCGCCGUGAAAACCCAAGCCUCCGUCGCAUCAACAAUGUUAGAGUCUGCGCCGAUUUAUCUACUCUUUUGAAACAAGAAACUGAAGUGACUAUGUAUAAGUACAACGAAAGUGACCCAAAUUGAUGAAAAUUCGCAUUAUCUUCUCUGCACCCAUAAAAUCCACACAGCUCUUUGAAACAACACAGUUGAACUCAGACAUUCUGUAUCUAUUGGGAACUCGUGUUUUCCCCUUCCGAAUAUACUCUUGUUGAGAAGAAGAUGGCAACCUGACUGACAGGCGCAUACCUGUUUCCCUUUCCGAUUAUCCACCGGAACGAUUAUCAGCCGGAAUUAAUCGCUUUUGCAGGUCGUAUCUGCAGUUUGAUUUCCAGCUUCACCGACAAGAAUGACAGUAAGUCAUUCUUUACCGGCUACAGUUGCGCCUCCGGUUUCGUCGCCUCGAAGGCGACAGCGCUCGGAACUUCUCUCGUCGACGACGAUGUUCCUGAGUCGAGAUCCGCGAUCGGACCAGUCAUGCAGCAGUGAACGACGCUGCGACGCUAGAAGAGACGAUAGGGGUCCGCUGUGGCCGCGGAUGAGGUUGGCGCUGCAUGAGAAGUGCGCGGACGUGCUCUGCAGCCCUGUAUUGGCAGUGGACGACCGAACUCAUGAUGCCAAAAUAG